GAAUCAGAUGGAGCGGCUGUACGAUGCGAUGCGGCGGCAGGAGGGCGAGUGGAAGGCCAAGGCGGAGGACGAGCGGCUGCGACUCGCGGAAGUCAUGGACGCGUGCUCCAAGGUGCGGCAGCAGCUAGCAGCAGAACAGCAGGUCAGCCAGCAGCAGGAGCAGCAGAUACGAUCUCUGCAAGAG